AUGGCCACCGACGAGCUGGCCAGCAAGCUGAGCCGCCGCCUGCAGGUGGGCGAGCCCAAUGGCCAGGAGGAGGAGGAGGAGGUGGCGGCGGCGGCGGCGGCCGAGGAGCCGGCCCUGGGCAGCGGGGCGGACGGCGAGCUGAGCGCCAAGCUGCAGCGGCGCUCCGAGCUGAACCAGGGCGGCGCGCCGGGCGGGCAGCUGUCGCCGGGCAGCGCCCACCGGGUCUUCAGCCCCUACACCGAGUUCCGCGAGUUCUCCCGCCGCCAGAUCAAGGACAUGGAGCAGCUGUUCCGACAAUACGAUGCGGGGAAAGACGGUUUCAUCGACCUGAUGGAACUGAAGCGUAUGAUGGAGAAGCUCGGGGCGCCGCAGACUCACCUGGGGUUGAAAAACAUGAUUAAAGAGGUGGAUGAAGACUUGGAUUGUAAGCUGAGCUUCCGGGAGUUCCUCCUGAUUUUCCGCAAAGCCGCUGCAGGGGAGCUGGAGGAAGACAGCGGCCUCCACGCCUUAGCCCGCCUGUCGGAGAUCGACGUCUCGACGGAGGGUGUCAAAGGAGCCAAAAGCUUUUUCGAAGCCAAAGUGCAAGCCAUAAACGUCACCAGCCGCUUCGAAGAGGAGAUCAAAGCCGAGCAAGAGGAAAAGAAGAGGCAGGCAGAAGAGAUGAAGCAGCGGAAAGCCGCCUUCAAAGAGCUGCAGUCGGCAUUCAAGCAAUGAUGGGCUGGGCAGGGGCG